UUCUCGAGAGAGACAUCCUUGCGGCUCUGCAGAAGGGCACGGAGAGGCCGAAACAAGAAACAAGGCGCCCGGCGAAGCAAUAAUUCGGCUUCUCAACCUUCAGUCAUGCUCUCCAGACUAAUUGUCGUUUCAGUCAACUCCCUUAAAGGUUGUGGACCCAUUGGAGCUGGUUUGGUCCAUGCCUCUCGCUCCCUCCACACAUCCCCUCAGAGUUUGGCUCCUUUGCCCCCCCUGCCAGAAAAGGGAGGCAAAGUUCGCCAUGGCAUCUUUCCAGAGGAGUUAUUCCAGCUUUUGUAUCCUAAAACUGGAGUCACUGGGCCAUACAUGCUUGGCACUGGCCUCAUCCUCUACAUGCUUUCCAAGGAAAUCUAUGUCAUCAACCAUGAAACCUUUGCAGCUGCCUCCAUAGGCACUGCCAUCAUUUAUGGGGUCAAGAAAUUUGGGCCCACCGUCGCCAAUUUAGCUGACAAAAUAAAUGAGGAAAAAGUGGCCAAGGCCCAGGAGGUGAAGGACGUGGCCAUAUCCAGCCUCACUCAGGCCAUUGACGAUGAGAAGAAGGAGCAGUGGAGAGUAGAGGGAAGAUCAAUGCUCUUUGAUGCUAAGAGAAACAAUGUGGCUAUGCUGUUGGAGACCAACUACAGGGAAAGACUACACAUGGUGACCAAUGAGGUGAAGAGGCGCCUUGACUACCAGAUUGCUCUGCAGAACCUCCACCACCGGUUAGAGCAGGAGCACAUGAUCAACUGGGUGGAGAAGAACGUCAUCAGCAGCAUCACUCCUCAGCAGGAGAAGGAGAGCAUCGCUAAAUGCAUCACGGACCUGAAGGUGUUGGCCAAGGCCACUCAGGCUAGAGCUGCAGCGUAACCUUGGUGUAUGUGGAGAAGACGACACAGAAGAAACGCCCCUUUUCUUUAUAGAAAAAAGGCCUCUUCAGCUGUUCUUUGUCAAUGUCAUGGGUGUGUACAGUGUUUGCCCAUCUUCACAUAAAAAAAAUAAAUGAUUCUAUUAUCCAACC